AUGAAGGCUCCAAGGUUGAUGAAGGACAGAAUAUCCCAAUUGCCACAGCCGAUAUUGCACCGUAUACUCGAUUGGCUCUCCCAACGAGAAGCCGCUAGAACUUGCACGCUCUCCAAAUCAUGGCGCUAUAUCGAGUCCACAGGACCCUAUUUCACCAUGAUAGAGGACCACUUUAAUGGAAGCUAUCGAGAGUUCAUCAACGCCAACGAAAGACACUUGCAGUUAUACCAUGAUCACAAGAUUUGUCCACAAAUAAUCUAUGUUAACCUGUCAACGCCGGGUGCCGAGUGA